AUGGCGUUCUCCUCAGAUCUGUCGAAAACUAGAUCUCAAGCUACAUUAAACAAGCUUUUCGAAAACAUGCUUCCGGGCUCGACCACACGGUCAAAUAUACCGCUGAAAAAGAUCUCUACUACUGAGAAUUUCAGCCGUGAAGUCUCUAAAAAAAGACUUUCUAAGGAAGAAAUAAAGAAGGCUAAUAAGAUUGAAAAAGCCAAGAGGAACAAGCAACUCAAUAAAAACUUGGAGAAAGAAAAACUUUUCAGCAAAAAUGUCAAAUAUAACGUCAUCAAAUCACAUAAGAACUCGCAGAAUAUUUCCGAGGAAGAACAGAAAUACUUGAAAAAGCUAAUAAAAAAGAAUUCGUUCGCUGUCAGAAGAGCAGGUGGCCUCGAUGAUCCCAUGAUAAAAGAUGAAGUCGAGGAGUUGAGAAGCGAGAUUUUGGCUCUCACCAACGAGAAAUACGACAGAUCUAAGGAAAGACAACAGAAGGCGAAAUUGAGUUCGUUCAACGAGAAAGUGAAGUCAGGUGUUUUGACAUACCCGGGUCUCACACCAGGUUUGGCACCUGUUGACUACGAUGAAUCCGAUGAUGAAUAA